GAUUAUUUCGCAUUUGAUGAAAACGUUGGAAAAUAUAUUAUACCUUACAUAAAGCAAUUAAAAGAAUGCGAUCUAAUUAUUGGUGUUACUAUAAAUACAGCUCCAUCAGCAAUACAAAACCCUUGCAUCUAUAAUUAUGACGAAUUGAAUGGAAUAGUUGAUUUCUAUGAGGUAGAUACUUAUUUCAUGAAUCAAUGCAAUCCAAAUUUGUAUAAUGGAAGGACUCCAAUUACAAAAAGUGAGCACGGUCCUAACUACCUCUAUGGAAUGGAAGAGGUGGCAUCAUAUAUAAAUAAAUCGAAGAUAUCUCAAGAAAAACUAACUUAUGCUGUCGAAUUGUAUCCAGCUAACAACAAUUCAACAAAUUAUGCUUCAUAUACACAAGUGUGUACAGGACAAUAUGAUAGUUCAAUUUGGUGUGUACAAACAUCUAGAAAUCUAUAUGAUAAGGGAAAAUUUAUACGUAAACAAAACAGUGGUAUUAUUAUCGAAUAUCCGGAGUUUGAUGACAUUAACAACGACUGUGGUUGUAAUUCAACAUUUAAUGGAUUUAACAACAUAAUUGGCGGCUUCAAAAGUGGUCAACUAUCACCAUGUCAGAAUUUUGACGUUCAAUCAAAUUCAUAUACACUUAAAUAACCAGCUGUUAACUCAUUAACUGUUAAAGUAAUAUAAAAGUUUAUUCAAAU